GAUGAUUUGUUUCAGAACGCCUUCUUCAUGACUCGGGAACUCUUUUCCCCCUCGAUUCCAGAAUUAUCCACCUCAACCUUCUCUGCGGAUUAUUCUGAUACUGGAAAGAUUGUGGGGAUGUAGCCCCGUUCCCCAUACUUCCCCAGUCAUUAUAAUGCUGAGGAGAAAUGGCAUAUAUUCCCCCAUCCCCAUGCCCAAUUUCAGCCGUAUUCUGGGGAAGAAGCAACUCCAUACUUUACAAUGGCAGACUCAAAAGGUGCAACCUUCGAACACCUCGACAAUGGUCGGACUCAACAUGAACAGCUGGGCGAGCAAAUAUUCGGUAGAGAACGACAAUACUCGCUAUGGAAAGCCAUCAAAGUUCACAAACGCAUCAUCUUCCAUUGCGUUGCAGCUUUUGGUGCUGGAAUGUGCUUUGGAUAUGACACAAUCGCUAAUGGAGCAACAAUCUCCAUGCCAGGUUUCGUGAUUUACUUUGGAGCUGUUACCGCAGAAGGCGAGCUAUAUGUCCCUUCUAUCUGGGCAUCUCUAUGGACUGCCAUGUCUUACCUCCUUCAGGCCAUGGGUGGCUUCCUGAUCGGUUUCGUCUCUGAUCGAGUUGGACGAAAAUGGCCUUGUGUUGGAUCUUGUGUGUUGUCCAUUGCAGGAGUUGGCAUUCAAUUUGGAGCCACAUCAAGAGCAAUGCUGUUAGGCGGAAAGAUGGUCAAUGGCCUUGCCAUUGGAUGUCUCUUUGCUACAGCUACUGCUUGGGCUUCCGAGAUCUCUCCUUUGCGUCUUCGAGGACCUAUUCAAUCGGCUAUCAUCCUCUUCAUGUUCUUCAUGCAAGCGAUUGGACUCGUGGUUGUCAGAAUGUUUGUUCCGAAUAUCACCACGCACUCGUUCAAAACGGUCUUUGCUGUUCAAUGGGCUUGGCCUAUCGCCACUGGUCUUCUGUUCAUCUUCAUGCCCGAGUCACCUACGUGGCUUCUUCUUCAAGGAAGAACCAAAUCGGCCAGGAAUUCUUUGGAGAAAUUGUAUGGAUCCAACAACGAAAUCGAAGCUCGCCUAGCACAUAUGGCCUUGGGUAUUCGUCUUGAGGAAGAUCAGGCACUUCGUCAUGGUGCUGGUUCAUACGUUGAUCUCUUCAAAGGAAGCAGCCUCAAGAGAACGUUGACAGUGGUCUGGAUGUUCUUGGGUUUCGGCUUCACAGGGGCUUGUCUCUUGGCUCAGUCAAUCUACUUCCUCAUCAUCGCUGGACUUGAACCCAUUCAUUCGUACGAUGUUGCAAUUGGUGGCUUCGGUAUUGCUAUCUUUGCCAUUGUUGGGUCCUGGUUCUUUAUGGAGAAGACUGGACGUCGAUUGAUCUUCUUGGUUGGUGCUGGCGUCAACUGUGUCGUGAUGUUUGUCAUUGGUGGGUUGUAUUACACCCACAGCAAAGGCGCUUUAUGGGCAGUUGCCAUCAUCAUGAAUCUACUCAUCUCAUGGCAAGCUGUUACCCUUGUGUCAACUGCUUGGGCUAUCACUGGCGAGAUUUCAUCGUACAGAUUACGUGCAAAGACUCAAGGCGUGGCAGUCAUCUCGAACGCUUUCUCUACUUGGCUAUUUACCUUCACUGUGGCAUACAUAUAUAAUGUUGACGCUGGCAAUCUCGGUAUCAGAGCUGGCUUUGUUUAUGGAGGUGGCUCUCUGUUGUUCUUCAUCUUUUCUUUCCUCCUCGUUCCCGAUCUCAGAGGAUUCUCGACCGAAGAAAUUGACUGGUUAUAUGAGAAUAAGGUACCAUCAUGGCGGAUUCAGGAGAAUGUUGUGGCGGCCAAGGAAGGUAUCUUGGCUAUGGAGGCGAAUUUUCAGCAUGAGAAAGUCGUGGUGUAAGCAAAGUUGUAGCCUACAAUUUCAAACUAUAUACUAUUGUCUUGGACACCGU